AUGAAGAUUCCAAUAAAGAAGAAAGAUCGAGGAGUUGUCACCAUCCCUUAUACUAUUGGAGAUAGGUCAUUCAACAAAGCUCUUAUUGAUCUAGGAGCUAGUGUGAGUCUUAUGUCGUUAUCCAUUUACAAGAAGCUUGGUAUAAGAGUUAUGCAAGAUACCAGGAUGACACUCCAAUUCGCCGAUCAUUCGGUCAAGAAACCGUAUGGUAUUAUUGAAGAUGUUCUGGUGAAAAUUGACAAGUUUAUAUUUCCGGUGGAUUUUGUAAUUCUAGAAAUGCCGGAAGAUGAAGAGAUCCCUCUCAUUCUUGGGAGACCCUUUUUAGAGAUGGAAAGGUGCUUGAUCAACAUAGAAGAAGGGACCACGAUGUUGAAGAUUUAUGAUGAGGAAUUAAAGAUCGAUGUUCGAAACACCAUGAGGUACAAGGAUGAUAUUUGUACCAGUCAUACUAUAGAGGUUCUGGAUCAGGUGAUGACGUAUGAUAGUCCUUUGAAUGCACCACAAUCACCUUUGGGAAGAGUGUUGAGUUUGUCCAUUUUUGACAGUGAUAAAGAAGUGGACAACGGGGAAUCUGAAGUGCUAGCCUUGUUGGACGCACAACCCCCACGGAAAGGAUCUCAACCACACCGGUGGGAGGAUUUACGGCUACAUCAAACUAGUGAGGAGGAUGAAGAGCCAAAGAAGGGAGCGAAGUUGAAACAACUUCCUGAGAAUCUUAAAUAUGUCUUUCUCGAUUCUAAAGGAAAAUAUUCUGCUAUCAUAAACUUGAGCCUAAAGAAUAUCCAAGAAGAGAAGCUCAUCCAAGUCCUGAAAAAAUACAAAAAUGCUAUUGGAUGGGAAAUUGAGGAUUUGAAAGACAGGUGCCAAAAAACAAACUUAAUUAUGAACUCGGAGAAAUGUCACUUCAUGGUGCGAGAAGGGAUAGUAUUAGGUCACAAAAUUUCCUACAAGGGAAUUAAAGUUGACCAAGAAAAGGUGGAAGUGAUAUCUAAGCUCCCACCUCCUAUUAAUGAGAAGGGUAUCAGGAGUUUCUUAGGACAAGCAGGUUUUUAUCACAGGUUCAUAAGAGAUUUCUCAAAAAUCACAAAACCGCUGACCACUCUAUUGGUUAAGGAUAAGGCGUUUAUGUUCAACAAAGAAUGCACCACGACCUUUGAGACAUUGAAGAACAAGUUGAUUUCAGCACCAAUUGUUAUUGCCCCAGAUGGGUCUCUUCCAUUUGAGAUCAUGUGUGAUGCUAGUGAUAUUGUUGUUGGGGCAGUCCUAGAACAACGAAGAGAGAAGUUUCUACAUGUUAUUUACUAUGCUAGUCAUGUGUUAAACCUUGCACAGAUGAACUAUGCAACUACUGAGAAAGAGUUAUUGGUCGUGGUUUAUGCAUUUGACAAAUUCAGGCAAUACUUGUUAGAAUCGAAGGUUGUCGUUUAUACUGACCAUGUCGCUUUGAAAUAUUUGUUUGCUAAACAAGACUCUAAGCCGAGGCUUCUCAGGUGGAUCUUACUCCUCCAAGAAUUUGAUGUAGAGAUUAGGGUCAAAAGGGGAUGUGAAAACAUAGUGGAAGAUCAUUUAUCCUGA